UCCAGCAGUCAUCUGAUUUAGUCACUCUAAAAGAAAUAAUGGAGAAAUUCAUAAUUUCACUUAUCCUUGCGGCAUUAAGUAUAAGUCAAGCCCAGCAUUAUGGAAGAAACAAAAAACUUAGCUACAAUUCUGAUCCAGAUUGGAACAGAAAGAUGUAUGCAUAUCCUGGCCCUGUCCGUUAUGAUCCAGUUGUAACUAGAGUGUCCGUGCUGAAAAACCGAACUUAUUGGCAAAGAGACAAAGCGAAUUCACCGACAGACGGACCACAUAUACCAAGAAACCAAGCAUACUCACCAAAAGACGAAGUGCCUAUACCAAGAAGCCAAGUAUAUUCACCAAUGGACGGACCAAUUAUACCAAGGAACCAAGCAUAUUCACCAGUAGACGGACCACAUAUACCAAGAAAUCAAGCAUAUUCACCAGUAGACGGACCACAUAUACCAAGAAAUCAAGCAUAUUCACCAGUAGACGGACCAAUUAUACCAAGGAACCAAGCAUAUUCACCAGUAGACGGACCACAUAUACCAAGAAAUCAAGCAUAUUCACCAGUAGACGGACCACAUAUACCAAGAAACCAAGCAUAUUCACCAAUGGAUGGAUCACAUAUACCAAGAAACCAAGCAUAUUCACCUGUGGACGGUAGAGAUACACCAGGAAACCAAAUAUAUUCACCAAUAAGCGGACCACAUAUACCAAGUAACCAAGCGUAUUCGCCAAGAGAUCAAGCUUACUCACAAGAGUUCCCGGAAAAUAGAAAAAGUACCGAGAGUCUACUUGAUGUUCUUAUCAAACAGUGGAAAGAAAUCAUACGUAAUUUACCUUCUGAAGUAGAAAAAAAAACAAAAAUAUUGGAAGAAGCAUUAAAAGAGCUAAUGAUGUAUAUUGCUGGCUAAAUAUUUUGUAUUACGAAAAAUUCUUUGCUAUAAUAAAUUCAUUAUGCAAA